GGAAGAUUUUGUGACUUGAUAAUUUCCACUUGUGGAACCAGUUGAACUGGCUAUUUACUAUCAGAUUAUAUAAGGACCAUCUGGAAAAGACACAUGCUGCCUGUUGUCUGGAAACCUUCCACUGACACUUUCAGCCCUUCUUAGGUGGUGAGCUCACACUGGGUAUUCUGCAGGUCUGGUUAAUUCGACCCUUGGAGAAGGUCUGUCGCCGAAUGGAAGGACGUUGCUAAUAAAAGUACCUCACAGGAUCUCUGCUGGGCACACUGAGUGAUAGAUACAUGGAAGCUCUUCAGACAGCACUUGGCAUAUAUCAGCAAUGUCUUGUUUUUCAUUUUACCGCCCAUCUGCAUGUGCUUGUUUCGUCAGUAUGCAACAUGCUUCAACAGCGGCAUCUACUUAAUAUGGACUCUUUUAGUUGUAGUGGGAAUUGGAUCUGUCUACUUCCAUGCAACUCUUAGUUUCCUGGGUCAGAUGCUUGAUGAACUUGCAAUCCUUUGGGUUCUGAUGUGUGCUUUGGCCAUGUGGUUCCCCAGAAGGUAUCUGCCAAAGAUCUUUCGGAAUGACCGGGGCAGGUUCAAGGUGGUGGUCUGUGUCCUGUCUGCAGUUACAACGUGCCUAGCAUUCGUCAAGCCCGCCAUCAACAACAUCUCUCUGAUGACCCUAGGAGUUCCUUGCACUGCACUGCUCAUUGCAGAGCUAAAGAGGUGUGACAACGUGCGUGUGUUUAAGCUGGGCCUCUUCUCGGGCCUCUGGUGGACCCUGGCCCUGUUCUGCUGGAUCAGUGACCGAGCUUUCUGCGAGCUGCUGUCGUCCUUCAACUUCCCAUACCUGCACUGCGUGUGGCACAUCCUCAUCUGCCUUGCUGCCUACCUGGGCUGUGUAUGCUUUGCCUACUUUGAUGCUGCCUCAGAGAUCCCUGAGCAAGGCCCUGUCAUCAAGUUCUGGCCCAGUGAGAAAUGGGCCUUCAUUGGUGUCCCCUAUGUGUCCCUCCUGUGUGCCAACAAGAAAUCAUCAGUCAAAAUCACGUGAUGGCGAGGUGGUGGCUGGCUUUGCCACUUACCGCCCCUCAUUCGGUGGGCUUCCUUUGCUAGGAAGACAGCCAAGGGAGUUUGAAGAGUUGGGGUGUGGGCUAUCUUUUCAAAAAUCUAUUUGCUGGGGCUCUCACUAACGUGUCUGUGGACCACCAGGAUUCCACUGUGCAAGGGGAAAAGUGUCUUUUCCUUUCCCAACAAUGGAAAAUGGAGGACUUAGGGACACCAGAUGCAUCUUUCUCAGCAUCACUUCCAGAUGCAGUGACUCACUGAGCUGUGUCCUUUGUGGCCGUGGCAGAGCAGUCUUUUGGUGGAUCCACCCUGUACAAUUCAUCUCUUCCUGGAGAAAGCUGGCCUGUUCCAGACCCCACCAUUCCCAGGUACCCUUGGAGUGGACUCUACUGAUGACAGACAGACUGACCCUCUGACAGACGAGACCCUCUGACUCUCUGAUGGAAGAUGCCAGAGAUUUUCCUUUGGGGUAAUUGUCCUUAAACAAAACCAAACUGAUGAAACACACGCAGGACUUGUGGCUAGAAGGCUAUUUUUCACUUGCAUUUCUCAACUAACCCAGGUUUUACAUGCAUUUGUGAAUCUUUUUACUACUACCUCUGUGGAGAGAUGGAGAGACUUCAGAUAAAGGUACAGCUAAUGGGUAAGACCCUCUUAUGCCAAAACCUGCACUCCACUUUAGGUCAUUCUUGAAAAUGAGCACAAUUUUUGAAUACUGACAUCAUUUCUGCCUCCCCCUCUCACCCCAGCUCCGCAGCCUCAAAUCCACAGAGAAGAAGAAUUAUGGCAUGAAUGUUUCCACAGACCCACCAUCUUUAAGACUUGACCUCUGUAAGUUUACCAAAGGGCUUCUCACAAUUGUGGUGUGGGUUCUGGUUCAAAAUUUGGAGCAAACAUGAAUUUUUUGGAUACUUUUUCUCAUUCGAAGCCUCCAGUAUGCUGUACUAUUCUGGAAAUUACCUUCGAGAAUCUCACUUCCUGUUUCUGUUGUUUUUUUCUGUGGGCAUCAUGCUCUUCACUCUUACAGUAGAAGGUGCUUUCUGGGUUUUCCAGAGUAUCCACUGGCUCACUUUUCUCAAGUACUAGCAGUAACUAUACACUCACGGGCUGGUUUUGGGUUGCUAGUGUAGCAGCACAAAUCUGUUGCCUUCUGAAUUUUUCUCACCUGAUGUGGGAAAGACACUGGCUACAGUGAAUCUUCUUUUCAUCUGGGUGAAUGGAAGAAUCAAGAACUGUCUUAAAGGUGCAUGGUGGGAAUUACCAACCUCAGGGAUACUAAUUUUAACUCAGGCAUGUCCUGCUUUGUAACAUUCCAUUGUGGGGAGGGGGUGGGACAGGUAUUUUCUUGUGUGGGUAGGAGUCAUGUCACUGUCCUACAUAUGUAAGAGUUGGGAAGGUGACCGUUUUUGGCACAUUCAGGAACUUACUCUAGUUAGAAUUUGUACAAGAUCCAAGGGGAAAACCCCAAUAAGCAACUGAAUUUGGAGUUUAAAAAUGAAUGACUUUAUGCUAUGUCUCUGAUUAUCAAAUUAUAUAGGUUUUUCAAAAGCAGAACUCUGUAGUAAGAAAUCUUUGUGGAGGCCUAGCGUGGUGGCUCACACCUGUAAUCCCAGCACUUUUGGAGGCUGAGGC